CACAGUCAACCUACACAAUCAAAUACAAGUUGAUAGUAUUCAUCACAAGUAUGGUGGUAUUGGAUUCCCGUCUUUUAAACGCCUUCAGUUAUAUGAGACCUUUGUUAUCGACGAAACCGAGUAUCAAAGUAGCACUGCUGGAAGACCUUUAUUCUCGCAAAAGCUGGGUAGAUCGCCCUUUGAAAACCGUUUUACGACAAUCAUUCAAUCCUUGCUCGACUGCGUUUCUGCCAGAAUUUUCACCUCUGCCAAUUCCUUCAUGUUGCAGUUGGACAGAUCGUCCGACGCAAAGUGUCCAAAGUGGGCGUCUCACUUUGACAAAAUGAAUGGUAUCAUUCGAGAGCCUGGUCAAUUGAUUGUUCAACUUCCAUCCAAGAACACUACUUUUUCUGUACCAAGGUGGCAUAAAAGCAGUCAUCCUUACCUUCGGUUUGUUGACGCUGUAUACGUGUGCCGAAGAUCAUGUACUCGGAUCGAUCAAGAGAUAUUUUCAGAUGUAUUAGGAGGGUCAGAACAAAAGAUGGCAACAGAUUUACAUGCCGUAUUGAUAGCAGGUCUCAGUAUCCUCAGUAUUACUGGCGGUGAUACUCACAUCGAGAAGUUGGUCAUGGCUAUUCUCGGUGUCCAAUUGGAUCCUUUACGAAAUACUCCACCUGAUAAACCAUCAGCACUAUGGCAUGUUCGAAACCGACGUCAGUGCUCAUGUAAUUCACAAUCUGCUCACCGACCACUAUCACCAGUGGCUGCUGCAAAAGCUGCUGGAGUCAAUAUCUGGCGAGACCGACAUCAACAUAUAGUAAACCGAGUAUGGGACUUGCAUCAAGAUAAACUAGUAGAUAACAUCGAUGCCAGAGAUGUUGUAUUCGUCACUCAUAGAUGGUGUAGUCCAGAAAUUAACUAUCGCGAUGUGAUAGAAAGGAGACAACCAAAUAACCAGGCAGUCAAUGUUAGUGAAAUGUCAGGCAAGUUGCGGCGGACUCGCGACACUUUAUUGGAUCAUACGCAGUACGUAUGGAUGGACACCAUUUGCAUUGACAAGUCAAAUUUAUCCGAGCUUGAUGAAGCCAUCCGCUCUAUGUACAAAUGGUAUGCUAGCUGUGCCGCCGUCGUGCUGGAUUCUGAUACUACACUUGAUGUAUGGCGCAGCAGAGGAUGGUGUCUACAAGAAGGUGCUGCAGCUGGAGUCCUUUACGGAAUAUCAAAAAGUGGGAAAAUCGUCACCAUACAAGAAUUGGCUAUUGAGCAAAAGCAAGACCUUUGUACUCUUGAUCUUCACCUAAAUUAUCGACCAGGAAAUGCUGCUGAGGUAUUGGCAAGAAUGGACGUUCGAGAAACAACACGCAAAGAAGACAUGGCUUACGCUUUGGCAGGAAUAUUUUCCGUCCACUUGACACUAGCAUAUGGCGAAGGAUUCAAAUCUCGUGAACGACUACUUCGAGAGCUAGCUAUCCAGAAAGGCGAUCUGUCAUUCUUAAGCUUCCACACCACUCCAACGAUACCUCAUGAUUAUUUACCAGCUAUUGGUCAAACCAAUUAUUUGAUUGCAAAGUGUUCAAGAGCUUCAGCUCCAGUUACUGUCAGUCACUUUGGCAUGUGUUUUGAGGUCCAGCUUGUCAAGGGAGACGACGCAAGGCAGUUACUACAAAAAUUAAGUGGUUGGACAAAAUUGAGCUUCGCGAAAACUCGAUUUUUAGGGGCAGAAGAGCUUAUCAAGGCGGGAAAACAGUAUGAGUAUCAAACUGCGUCAUCAAUAGAGAUCGCUAUCGUUCAUGAUAUCAGGUCUCUCAUUUUGGUCCAAGUAUACGGCCAGGAUAGACAGACAGGCGGAGGAAAACCAAUUAAACUUUGCUACCGGCUCCAGUGCUGCCAAAUAGAAGAAACUGAGUUUGACAGGCUGUUCACCUGGAAUGUUGAUAAAGCGGAAAAGGCAGCAGCACCUGAGGAAGUCAAGCACGAUGGUGGUAGCAAACUUGAGGGCUUAAAUAAAGAUGACUCCAAUGCCAAUGUCAUUUUUGAGCGAAUCUGGUUAGGUGAUAAGCCCGAUAGCUCUGAACUGAACGACUUUGGAAGCGAGAGCACAAGACACCAUGAAAGAAGUCGCCAAUAGAUGCUGUAAAGCAUAUGCUUUGACUCUAG